CACAAAAUCUCAACUGACGACGACAAUCGACAGAAAACAAUGGCACCCUCCGAUCUCCGCCGUCCGUUCAAACGUCCCCAGCUCUCCGACCAGCAGAGGCGAAGAGAGCUCUCUCUCACACGCCAACAGCAGAGCCGCGACGCCGACCUCCACGCGCGGCGCUUGGCCUCUACCCUCCUCUCCCUCCCGCCCGAACACCAACCCGAACCCGAACCCGGCUCCUCCACCGACUACGACCUCCGUGACGCUUCGAAGCUGAAAGGCCCGGCGGCGCGGAAGUGGUUCGCGAAGCAGCUGAUGCUACCGGAGUGGAUGAUCGACGUCCCUCAUCGCCUCCCCCACGACUGGUACGUGCUUCCGAGGCCAGCAGGGAAGCGAUGCUUCGUUGUCUCAUCGGAUGGAACAACCAUCAGUCGGCAACGAAACGGCACUGUUCUGCAUCGUUUUCCGUCGGCGCUGCCCCAGGGGUCUCGCAACCGCGACGGGUCGGGUCCUCCGUCGUAUUCCAUUCUGGACUGUAUAUUUCACGAGAUGGACCAGACUUACUAUGUGAUUGACAUGGUGUGCUGGAAGAAUUACUCUUACUAUAACUGCAGCACCGAGUUUCGGUUGAAUUGGUUGGAGGAGAAACUGGCUGAAUGCAAAGCUCUCAACGCUCCGUCUUAUUAUCAUAAGUACAGGUUUGGUCUGGUACCGUGGUCUCGCUGUGAUCUGGCUGGUCUGCACAACGCCUAUGCCGGUGAGGUGCCGUUCGUAAAGGAUGGUCUGCUGUUUUAUAACAAGCAUGCGCAUUAUCAACCAGGGAAUACACCACUGGCGUUAGUGUGGAAGGAUGAGCAGUGCAGCCAGUAUGUCAUUGAUACGGAUAACAAGGGACUGGUUCCCAAUCAUCAACAGGUAGUUUUGGAGCUGCACAAUGAUGGAAAGGUGACUACAUCAGAUGAUCCUCCGGUUGUGUUUAGUUGCUUGAAUUUGGAUUUCAUACAACAGUCAGGAUUGCAUACUGGAUGUCUUCUUCGUUUUGCUAUUGGUGAUGGAGGACUGACCAUUGUGGAUGGGAAGCUUGAGAGGGCUGAUUUGCACUACCUUGGCAUGUCCAACCGUGCACGUGCAUUUGCAGAUACUUACUCCAAGAUUUUGUUUCAGAAUAUGGCUCGAGGAUCACCCCUGAGAAUUGAUGAUUUGGUUGCAUCGAUCAACUCGUCAGAUGAUGCAGUUACAAAUGACGUUGAGAUGGCUGUGUGAUAAUCAGUUGGGCAGACAUAUUACGGUCUGCUGGCAUCACAUCUUUUGCUGGGGCAGCCCUCUCGAAGUGGCAUACAAAGUCUUUAGAGUUGUAGUUUGAUUCAGGGGGAAGCAGUCAGGACUCAGGAGCAAGCUCAAUAUAUUGAAUUUGAUGCUUGAUUUAUGUGUACUCAGCAUGAUUUAACAAAUUGUUGUAACAAAUUCGCCUCUACUUCUGUAUAUUUACAUUAGUUAUAUGAAAUUUGAUCUUGGUAUCUCAA